AUGUCCGGACAGAUCGAAAACAUUCCCCUGCACACCCGCGAGCCCGGUGACGAGAUCACCGAGGCUGACCUGGCCAAGCUGUUGGAGGCCACUGACCCUCUUACCACCUCUGCUACCGUGGCUGCUGCUGCGGCGGCGGCGGCAGCUACCCAAGGAACUACUGUUACCUUUAACCUCGAAGACUUGUUCGUUGAAUAUGCGUACGAUGAGGAGGAUGAGGACGAGGAAGACGCGGAGGACGAUGAUGGUGCUGAUGAGAUUUACUACAACGAGGCUAUGGAUGGCUGGCUCGGUCCUUGGUGGGCGAGUGUCUAG